CUCCUCUGCUUCUUUUGCUUCAUCUUCUCUUCAUCCAUAUCCUCCAUCGGUGCUUUUCCUCCACUAUAUCUCUCUAUAUCCGCUACCUUGUAUCCCUACUUGUUUAUCCUCUGUGUUGACCGAAUUCCAUCCAUUUAUCUUUGUCGAACAUAGCUAUUUCAAGUAGUUAUACAUCCAGACGUACUGCACACGAUCCCCUUCCCCCUCUCCCCAAUUAUUUCUCUGUAAAAGAACGCCCAGGUUGUUCUGGAAAACGGCUUCAGCGUUAAAUUUGACCCUUGUUGGCCCUGGCUUUUGGGGUUGAGUAAUUUCGGGUCGCUCGAAUUCGCAGUCAUAUAUGAUGGCUACUGCUUCCGUGUCGACUCCUCUAAAGAGUCACCAUGGACUUUUCUCCUCCAAGACGGCCGGUGGCCGCAUGCCCUUGACACCUUCGCCCAGAUCAAGAACGUCUAGCCUGGCAACUAAUGUGUCGAAUCACUCCUCCCCCUUCACCCCUCCACGCCAAUCAUCCGACUCAACCCGAGUGGUUUCUCAGUCGGUGUAUGGUGGUAAUCUCUCCUCUCACUUUGCCAAAUCUGUUUCAAGAACUGUGUCAAGAACUCACCGGGAUUCUCCAAAGUCGAAUAUUGCCAAAACCAGAAAAUCUCCCCGCCAUUUGGAGCUGGGCGUUUCUGAUUGGACGUUGACUGGAACUGGCCCAGCCACCGGUCAAACACCGACCAAGAAAAAGGAUACUACCUUCCGCUCAAGGAAUUCAAAGACAACCAUUCGUCUUCCGCAUAAUUCAGCAGAUCGUUUUAUUCCGAACCGUUCGGCCAGCGAGUGUCUUGCGACUGCGGGAACUGCCAAGCCAGACGAGCACCAACGGCCAAAGACUAGCGAAGGCUCUACUGUGCUAGCAAAUGCCGCUAGUGCAUUCCACAUUGGCGGCAGCGAUAGCGAUGACGACAUCGCCAGUGCUCUGGAGAAUCUUGGCCUCGAUGAUAAUGACAACCCCACCUAUUCUCGGCCUGCGCCAGAUGCUGUUGCAUACAAAUCAUCCCUUGCGGACGCAUGCAACAUUUCCCUGAACACUCGUAUUCUUGCGUUCAAACCCCCUCCUCCAGAAUCAUCCAAGCCAAUUGACCUCCGCUCCCAGUACAACCGUCCUCUUAAACCCGCCAAUUCCCAAUCUGCACAGUUCAGGCGACGAGUUCAAACGGCCCCAGAACGUGUUUUGGAUGCCCCAGGCCUAGUUGAUGAUUACUAUCUCAACCUCCUCGAUUGGAGUUCUGGUAACCAAGUCGCAAUUGGCCUCGAACGCAACGUCUAUGUGUGGUCCGCGGAGACCGGCUCUGUCAACUGCCUUCUUGAAACCUCACCUGACACCUAUGUCAGCAGUGUGAAAUGGAGUGGCGAUGGAGCUUAUGUUGGCGUCGGGCUCGGCACAGGAGAAGUCCAGAUCUGGGAUGUUGAGGAAGGCAGCAAGUUGAGGAGCAUGUUUGGCCAUGAGACCCGUGUCGGUGUUAUGGGAUGGAACAAGCACACGCUGUCCACUGGUGCGCGAAGUGGACUCGUUUUCAACCAUGAUGUUCGCAUUGCCCAGCACAAGACUGCUGAGCUUGUUUCGCACACAUCCGAGGUCUGCGGCCUUGAAUGGCGGUCCGACGGUGCCCAGCUUGCCACGGGAGGAAAUGACAACCUCGUCUCAAUCUGGGACUCCAGAUCCCUCAGCGCGCCCAAAUUCACCAAAACCAAUCACCGUGCCGCUGUGAAGGCUCUUAGCUGGUGUCCCUGGCAAUUGAAUCUCCUUGCUACCGGAGGUGGCUCCUAUGACCGCCACAUCCAUUUCUGGAACACCACCACUGGCGCCCGCACCAACAGCAUUGACACCGGUUCCCAAGUCACUAGUCUUCGGUGGAGCAACCACUACCGCGAGCUUGUGAGCUCCAGCGGUUUCCCCGACAACUCCCUGAGCAUCUGGAGCUAUCCUUCCCUGGUCCGCAACGUGGAAAUCCCCGCUCAUGAAACACGUGUGCUGCACAGCUGUCUCAGCCCUGAUGGGCAGAUGUUGGCUACAGCUGCUGCCGAUGAGAGUCUUAAAUUCUGGAAAGUUUUCGAGCGUAAGCCCGGCACCACGGCUGCUGCUUCGAGGGAGGGAGCUGUUGGAUCUAAAGGAAGCCAGAUGGCUAAGCAAAUGACGAUUCGGUAAAUAAAAGGUAAAUCGGCUUAUUGUCGGGGUAUGAGCGGCUCAUCCAUUUUCUUGGCGUUCAGGGUUGCUUUGUCUCUCUCGUUGGUAGGGCAUUGAGGUGUUCAAAGCAUCUUGUAUGGCCCCUUAGAACUCUUUUGGGCCGGAUAUGAAGAGCGUAACUCCUGGCAUUCUAAGCGGCGUGUGUUUCUUUCUUCUUUUUCUUUUUUUCUUUUCUGUCGAUAACCAUAACUAAUAUGUUUUGCUUUUGUUUCUGUUUCUGCUUUGUUGUUAGCUGUUUUUGCUGUUCAAUUCUGGCUUAGUUUUCGGGGUCUUUCUUGUUAGAUAGCAAGUUUAAUUUCUCGUUUGCUGCUUGGGUUUCAUUUUCUACCUUUUCCACUCAAUAUGGGUCUAUUUAGUGGGCCAGCCUUUCUUUUCAGAUAAAUGUUGGGGAGGGUAUAGAUAGAGCAUUCGCAAUAAGUAGCAUGCAUCGUUACUGUGAUUCUCGGAGCUCAAGAGUACACCGGCGCACGAUCUCAAGCGUACCUUCGCACGACAGAAAUAAGAACAGAAGAGCGCGCAAAAAGCACUGUAUCUGAGAUGUCGGGACUAAGCCGAUAAGAAAGGCGAGAGAAUGAGAAUGAGAGCGAGCAGGUAGAUGGCUCUGGGAGUGGUGGUUAACUACCACCCAUGGUCCGCUGACUAAGCAAUCUGACCGUUGAUACAAUUUCCA